AUGGCUACGGUCAUUAAUUCAAGGCUUGUAGCCCUUGUGUUUUUGCUAGGAAUAUUUACUUUGGGAAGUGGAAACCCACGCGAUGUUGAUUGCUUGAGAUCUAUCAAGGAGUCCUUGGAUGAUCCAUUUCACAGUUUAUCUAGCUGGGUUUUUGACAACAGCACGGAAGGCUUUGUAUGUUCCUUCGCGGGUGUUGAAUGCUGGCAUGCUUACGAGAAUAAGGUUCAAACUAUUGACCUAGGCGGAAUGGGACUAAAAGGUGAGUUUCCUAGAGGACUAGAAAAUUGCUCAGCUUUAACGGCUAUAGGCCUUUCAACAAAUAGUCUCUAUGGAACCAUUCCUUCUGAUUUAUCAAGUAUUGUCAAAUUUGCAACAAGUCUUGACCUUUCUUUCAACAAUUUUUCGGGUGAAAUUCCUACAGAUCUUGCAAAUUGUUCAUUUCUAAAUUCCAUACAACUCAGCAACAACCAAUUAACAGGUCAAAUUCCUCCAGAAAUUGGCCUAUUAGAUCGCUUGAAGAUUUUUAAUGUUGCCAACAACCUUUUAUCUGGCCCAGUCCCUAUUUUUAUUAACGCAAGUAUACUUUCUGAAAGCUAUGCAAAUAAUUUGGGGCUUUGUGGUGGUCCUUUAGAGCCUUGUAAGUCUAAUUCAGAAACAAAGAAACAUGACAAAAUCCUCUUCACAAGUGGUUUUGUGGUUGGAUGGGUGCUUUCUACCAUCUUGGCUCUAGUUCUUAACUUGUUUAUUGUGCCUAUCCUGAGUGCAAGAAAACUAAAGAGCAAGAAUGAGAAAAAACAAGAGACUAAAGCUUUUCAAGGACCA